UAAUGUUAGUUCACUCGCGACCUGCGAGUAGAUAACACCUAUAACAUUAUCAUUAAAUAAUUAAUUCUUUUUUUUAAAUUAAACCUCUUCUUUUUCUCUUAAUUUUCAUCAUCAUCAUCAUAAAGAAACAAAUCAAACUCGAUGAUAAAUGUAGUGCUAAAAAUAAAAAAAAAAAACAAUUAUAAACAAUUAAAAAAAACAAAACAACAAAAGAUAUUGUGACAUUUUUUUUUUUUGUUUUAUUUCAUGAAAAACAAGCUGAUAAUUACUUGAAGGAAUUACAUAAUUAAACAGAUAAUUAUAUUAAUAAUGAAAAUGAAUACUUGAUAAUAUGAAAAUGAGAUUUUCGUGUUUUCCAAGAGCCAGUUUUCUUGGCCAAAAAGGAAAAAUUAAUUUUGGAUCAUCAACAAGUCACAGUGAUAACAGUAGUGUCAGUGGAAUUAGCAUUAUCAGCAGUAAUGCAUCAUCAAAAGAGCCAAUUCCUAUGAGUUACAAAAGAUCAGAAGAUCUUGAAAACGGUUUGAUAAGUGAAAAUCCAAGUACAACAAAUUUAAAUACACAAAUUGAAAAUGGUCAAAUUAAAAAUACCGAAGAUAAUAAUGAUGAUAAAAAAAUUGAUACAAAUUUAUUACAAAGAUCCGAAACAGUUGAAUCAAAUUUAUCAUUAAUAACACAAAAAAAUCCACGUGGUGGUGUUAUUGGAAGAACACCAACACCACCAUCAGCACCAACUCCAAUUUAUGAUAAAGAUAUAUUAUCACGUAAAUUAAUUAAAAAAGCAAUAUUAGAAAAUGAAUUUUUGGGUAAUCUUGAAGAUGUACAAGUUGAAGCAAUUGUAUCAGCAAUGUAUCCAAAAAAUAUACCACCAAAAACACUUGUUAUACAAGAGGGUGAUAUUGGUUCACAUCUUUAUGUAUCAGCUGAUGGUGAAUUUGAUAUUUAUGAAGGAAAUAAAUUUCAGCAUAGUUUUGGUCCUGGUGUUGCAUUUGGUGAACUUGCAUUAUUAUAUAAUACAAAACGUUUACGUUCAAUAUCUGUUAAAAAAUCUGGUAAAGUAUGGGUACUUGAUCGUUCAGUAUUUUUAACAAUUAUGAUGAAAAGUGCACAAGAUAGAUUAGAAGGAAAUAUUAAAUUUUUACGUAAAGUAUCGGUAUUACAAAAAUUACCAGAACCAAAAGAACAUGUAUUUGCUAAAAUAUCAGAUUUAAUAAGAAUUGAAUUUUUCCCAGCUGGUGCAAGAAUACUUCGUCAAGGUGAAAAAGGUGAUAAAUUUUUUAUAAUAAGUGGUGGAAAUGUUAGAAUAACAAAAGAUUUAGAUAUUGGUGGUGAAGAAGAACUUGUUGUACUUGGUAGAGGACAAUAUUUUGGUGAAAAAGCACUGUAUGAUAAAGUGGACAAUAAAAGACAAGCAAAUGCAAUAGCACUUGCACCAGGAGUUGAAUGUUUAACACUUGAUAUAACAUCAUUUAUGAAUUAUCUUGGUGGACUUGAUGAAAUUAAAAAUAAAGAUUGGGCCGCUGAGUAUGAUAAACAAAAACGUUCAUUAACACCAAAACUAUGGACAAAUGAAUACAGUGAAUUAACAUUGUAUGAUUUAGAAAGUCGUGGUACACUUGGUGUUGGUGGUUUUGGUAGAGUUGAACUUGUUACAUUACGAACAAAUAAUGAUAAAAGUUUUGCAUUAAAAAAGCUUAAAAAAAAAACAAUGGUUGAUCAACAACAACAAGAACAUGUUUUAAAUGAAAAAUAUAUUAUGCAAGCAUGUGAUUCACCAUUUAUUUGCAAAUUAUUCAAGACAUACAAAGAUUCAAAGUAUGUUUAUUUUUUAAUGGAAGUUUGUCUUGGUGGUGAUGUAUGGACAACAUUACAACGUAAACGUUAUUUUGAUGAUAUAACAACUCAAUUUAUGGUUGGAUGUGUUGUUGAAGCAUUGGAUCAUUUACAUUCACUCAAUAUUGUUUAUCGUGAUCUUAAGCCAGAAAAUUUAAUGUUAGAUACAAGAGGAUAUUUGAAACUUGUUGAUUUUGGUUUUAGUAAAAAAAUUGGUCCAGAUAAAACAUGGACAUUUGCUGGUACACCAGAGUAUGUUGCACCAGAAAUAAUAUUAAAUAAGGGACAUGAUAGAGCAGUUGAUUAUUGGGCACUUGGUAUAUUGACACAUGAAUUAUUGGUUGGUAAACCACCAUUUAGAGGAUCAGAUCAUAUGACAACUUAUAAUAAAAUAUUGAAAGGUAUUGAUGUUGUUGGUGUACCACAAAGUGUCAAUAAAAAUGCAAAUAAUUUAAUUAAAAAGCUAUUACGACAUAAUCCAUCAGAGAGACUUGGCUAUCAACGUAAUGGUAUACAAGAUAUACGUGAUCAUAAAUGGUUUUGUAAUUUUAAUUGGCAAGCAUUACAAAGACUAGCAUUACCAGCACCAAUUGUUCCAACUGUGAGGAAUCAAACGGACAUGCUGAAUUUUGAAAGAUAUCCACCGGAUCGUGAAAUACCACCUGAUGAAUUUUCCGGAUGGGAUAUGGAAUUCUAAAUAUAAUUUAUUUUAUUUUAUUCAAAAUUUAUUUUAUUAUUUCUAUGGAAGAAAAAACACAAAGCAAUAAAGUUUCUUUUUUUUUUCAAAAAUUAUUUUCGAAAAGAUCGAAUACCUCCUCGCCUAUCCUAUAUUCCUGUUACAAAACUUUCACAAACUUUUUUUGUACAUGAAAGAAUGAUAAAGAAAAAGAGAUAAGUCGGAAAA